UUGUAAGUGUACACACACACACGCACUCUUUUAUUCGUGUCUAAACAAAUUGUCAACAUAACAAAAAAAACAGCAACAACUAAAAGAGAGCAAAAGAAAAUAACAAAAAAAAAAUUAACUGACGUGUAAAGAAAUUUCUUCUAACUUUGGCAUGAAAAACUAAACUAUUUUUUUAAAAGAAAUUAAUUUAAAUUUUAACAAAUAGUUGCUGCAAGAAACGAGUGUUUUUGUUAAAAGAAAAAGAGUGGAAAAAAUGAUACCGGAAAAAAGCCGCUUUCUUAUAUUUGCUUUAGGCAUAUUUUUCUGUUAUUUCUUGUAUGGCAUUGUCCAAGAGAAAAUAACGCGUGGACGUUAUGGCCAACAAAUCAAUGAAGAUGGUUCUGUAGGUGAAAGAUUUUCCUAUGCUUUGGCUUUAGUUUGGGUGCAAUGUUUCUGUAAUUUCGUCUUUGCCAAAGGUUUGUUGACUAUAAGGCCACAAAAAGAUGACACUACUCAUUCUGGUUACUAUGCUGUUAGUGCUUUGACUUAUUUACUGGCUAUGGUUUCUUCCAAUAUGGCUUUGCGUUGGGUACCCUAUCCCACACAGGUGGUGGGCAAAUCUGCCAAACCUAUACCCGUCAUGAUAUUGGGAGUUUUACUGGGACGUAAGUCUUAUUCCUGGAUUCGUUAUGCCUGUGUUAUCACCAUAGUAGUGGGUGUUGUGUUGUUUAUGUAUAAAGAGGGUAAAACGCCUUUGGCUGCUGCCACUGACAAUAGAACCGGCUUGGGUGAGUUGUUAUUGAUCUUAAGUCUUUCCAUGGAUGGUUUGACGGGUGCUGUACAAGAACGUAUGCGUUCUUCUAGUGCUCCCUCGGGACAACAAAUGAUGUUUGCCAUGAACUUUUGGAGUACUCUAAUGUUGGGCUUUGCCAUGAUAGCCACUGGUGAAGGCAAAGAUUUCAUACACUUUGCCACCCGUCAUCCCGAACUGUGGGGCCAUUUAGCUUUACUUGCUCUUUGUGGCUGUUUGGGUCAAUUGUUUAUAUUCCUAAUGGUGGCCGGUUUUGGUCCCCUAGCCUGUUCAGUGGUCACUACUACCCGUAAAUUCUUUACCGUCUUGUGUUCAGUAAUCUUCUUUGGCAAUAUCCUAAUACCACGCCAAUGGUUCGGUGCUGUACUCGUUUUUGCUGGUCUUUUUGCCGACAUGUUUUAUGGCAAAAAACCAGCCGCCGCUGCAAAAAAACCCUCCAUAACUAAAGACAAAGAUUUUGAGGAUAAAAAGAAACUAUUGUCCUAGAAUUUAGUGACAAAGUCUUCAACUACAGAAGCAGCUUUGCCGCCUCUACAAGCGUAUAAGAUUACAGUGUGAUUUUAUUGAUAGACAAACAAAAAAAAACAAACUAUAGAUUUUAUUUUAAGUUUUCCCACAAUUUUUAUACAAAACUAACAAAUUAAGAAAAGUGUUCUAACAAAAUUAAUUUAAAUUAAAUUAAAAAGAACAUGAAACAUAUAAAAAGACACAUAAAACAUAAAUCUUAAUAGAUCAAUUUCGCAAGACUUAAAAAUGUGUCAAAAUAAAAAAGUUUCUAUAAACCAUUAAACAGAAUUCUUGUAAAAUUAUCAUUAAAAAAGCAAACUUUGUUCUUGUAAUAUUAUGAUUUUUUAAUAGAAAAUUAAACAACAACAAAAAUUAUAUUUUUGUUUAAAUUAAAACGACUAAAUAAAUUUGUAGUAAGAUUCGUUGAUGAUGUUGUGUGCAAAACAAACAUUAGUAAACUUUAUAUGUAGUGUUUAAAAUAUAUUGUUUAAUUAGUAAUUAUUGUAAAAUAUAAAUCAAUAAAUAAGUAAUAUAUUAAAUUAA